AUGGUAUGUGAUCAUGCACGUCAUGCUUUGGAAUUGUUGAGAGCAAAUAGAGAUGAAUAUGAUAUAAUAAUUAUUGAUGUCAAUAUGUCUGAAAUGGAUGGAUUUCAGCUACUAGAGAUCGUUCAGAAUGAAAUAAAUUUACCUGUAAUCAUGCUAUCUGUUGAUUCUGAAUUCGAAGGAGUCCUGAAAGCUAUUAACUACGGGGCAGUUGACUAUCUCGUUAAACCUGUGCAGGCAAUCCUUAGAAAAAUACUUGAUAUGAUGACAACUCCGGAACUUACUAGAGAAAUCGUUGCCAGCCAUUUACAGAAGUACAAGAAGAGUUUGAAAGUUAAUACAAUUGGGAUUGGUCAACAAACUUUUAAUGAUACUGGAGCAGGAUGUUAUGGUGGAACUUCUCUCCCAAAAACUGUUAACAAACUGGAUGCCAAUUUAUAUACUAGUUCCUGUAUGACACAGAUUUUUCAAACUUUAUGGUCAAGUGAAGGAUAUAUUGAGCCUAAUUUAGUUCCCGAGCUUGAACUUAUUGUGGAACAAGCAGACAUCGACAUGUUUUUAAACAUGUUUUUAAAUUACGAAAAUUACGACUUCAGUGAUAACAAUGGUUUCAAUGAGCUUGCCGCAAUAUUAAAAU